UAAAAAAAUGGCCGCUGUGCUGCAAGUGCACUUUUUUUUAUAUUAGACUAAUCCGAUCGAAACGAGCACGCGAACCCCUAAUUAGGAGCUCCUGUUGAACGGAAAGCCAUCAGAGGGGCAGUGGAAUCAUGGAGCAGGUGACGGAUACUGCAGCGACAACACCGGAGCCCACCCAAGCGGAGAUACCACCACAAGGAGUCGAAACAUCGGAGACUCUAGAACCAAAACCAGCGGCGUUGAAAACGCUUUCAGAAAGUGCGGAUCCCACUGAUUUGGAGAAUGAGCUGGCCAAUCUCAACGGAUCGGAAGAGGGCCCCGGCUUGGACGAGCUGAGUACGCUGGAGCAGGAGAUAGCUAAGCUGCAUAACAUUCGACCGCCGGAUGCGGCAUCUGAAGCUAAAGAAUCCGUCACUCCAAGUGGCGGAGAAAACAAUAGUGGUUUGGAGUCCCGCAUGGCCCCAAAAGAAAUUAAAAGUGGGUCUCCAAAAAUCGAAGACGGGCAUGAUGCCUCAGGCAACGGUCAGUCCAGCGAUUCCCCCUUGGAAGAGGUAGAUCUUAUUGCCCUGCUCAAGGGUACGGACACAAGUCAUGGCCAGCCCACCGGCGAAGAAAAGUGCGCGUUGGAGAAGGCUCUUUCCGAUCUCGACGGCGUUGGAGAAGACGUGGAUGUGGGUGUUACCAUCGAGGGCGAAGGGCAGUUCGAAAUCAUGGAAAUUGACGACGAUGAGGGGGAGUCAUCCUGUCGAAAAACCAGUCCCAAGGUACCUCUGUCCAAGACCAUCAAAUCUAACUCGUUGACUUCUAUUUCCAAGCAUAAGCUUUCCCCGGAACAAGCCAGAGCUGUAGCUCUGGAGCAAAUGGCCGGUCUUAAACCAAAGUCGCGCCGUAAGGAGCCGCCCCCACCGCCUCCUGUGGUCAAGCCAAUAGAUAUUGUCAGCUCAUUGAACGAUGAUUGGGACGACUACGAUUCUGAGGAAGACAAGCCGGGUUCCUCGUUGGUGACAGAAGUAAUAACUCUACCUCCGGCACAAGUAAUCACUAAAAAGCCACCAGUGCCUGUGAAAAGGGUGACAUCGCCAGUUAAGCGCAACCCGAACUCGCCCAUUUUGCUAAAUAACAAGAUCAGCGGGGUAAAAGUAAUGAUAAAGACCGUGAGCCAAAAGCAACUGGCAGCCUCAUUAAGUCCAGCAGUGGAGCAAUCCAAACCGACAGUCGUUGUGUCACCUUCCAAGGACACUGAAGAGCCUACCACGGGGUUCAAGCGCAUGCGUGUAAUUAAAAGGAAGAUAAUCUGGGAUCCCGAUGUACCGGAGACGAAAAAAUCAUUUGCGCAGUAUGCCAGCACUAAGGCAACGGGAAAGGCCUCAUCUCCAGCUCCCCCUACACCAAAAACAACUGUCAAAAGCAUUUCACCCACCACGACGACUAAGAAGGAGGUGGCGCCAAAAAAACGUUCGGCCACGCCUACUGCUCGGUCCUCUAAAGCUGGGACGCCGAUCGGAGGAACAGAGCGGGGUCCCUCGCCCGUCAAACGACGCGCGCAAACUCCGAACACAGGUCUAGCCAAUGGAGGAACCCAAAAAAAGAAAAAGGUCUCUGAAAUCGAUCGCCUGAUGGGCGAUGAGGGCGCUGCCAAUAUGAUUCAUGCGGUGGAGCAUGAACAGCGGGAGUUGAGUGGUGGUGAGGUGUCCAACAAACCGCUGAUGCGCAAACGAGCCAUGACCAUAACCGGAAGGAACCAGGCAGCCCGUAUUGCAGUGGAACCAACACCCCCCAAAAAAGAGUCAGCUCAUUCUGCCAACAAACGAACGCCUGCUGCGGCUGAUUCCGUAUUUACUAAGACCACCGCCAACACAUCUACCAGUAAGCCUCGCGCCUCCGACUCGUGGGACUAUGUUUACAAGCAGCGCGCCAGCGAGGAAUCGAUGAUCAUGCGUAGGCGCUCCAAUAGCUCCUACUCCAGCAACGCUUCCGUCAGCCGAAAUUCGCUGGACAAUAAACCUGGAGCAGCCAAUCUGUCUGAUGAUGCAGGCGAGGGCUCUGAUCCAUCCUUUAAGUUUUUGAAGCCCGUAAGCAAGUCGAACCAAAGGGGAGGUGAAGAUACCUCUUCGCAUACACUGGCUAACGAUAUGAAGGCGAACAAUGGUAGCGAACUGGUGUGUCUGCGCAAGGUUAACAAAGUUGCUCACUUGGUCAUCCACACGCAACGAGGAAAAUUUGGCCAUACAUACAGUAGGCAGUUGCUGGAGCAGUUGAACGACACACUGUCCAGCGUUGCCCGCAAAGGCGAAUUCAACACUGUGCUGCUUACCGUUGAGGGUCCACAGUUUUGUCAGGGCAUCGAUUGUCAGGAACUGAUUCAGGGAUCUUUGGAGAAGCGAAAAGAUACUGCCAGUCAACUGGCCGUAGCCCUGAAAUGCUAUUUACGCACUUUGGCAACAUUUCCCAAACCCUUGGUGGCGGGCAUUGUUGGCAGCCUGGUUAAUUUGGGCGUUAUGCAGCUUCCAUUUGCUGACUAUGUGGUGGCGUCUGAUGAUUGUUGCUUUGAGACUAACUAUGCCAAAUUAGGUCAACUGCCCGAGGGCUAUGCUCUGUGGCAUGGUCACCAAAAAGUGUCCAGUGAAGUGCACUCGCGCUUGUUCCUUCUGGGUGAAAGACUGUUCGCAACGGAACUUUUGGGGCCACAUAGUUUCGUUGACAAGAUCUGCAAGACCCGCAACGUCAAUGAAGAGGCUCUGGCCAUUGCCAAACAGAUAUCUACUAGCUCUGCGGAGAUGUAUCGCACGCUGAAGAAAGUCAACCACUCCGCCAUCAAUGCUACGAAAUUCCCACGUCUGGAUGAGGAACUGAAAGUUAUAGGCGAGCAAUGGGUUACUGCCAAUUGCUUGGCUAACUUCAAAAGUUAUCUUAACGACGUUGAUUUUUAGAGCAUAGAUUCAUAAAUACCCUUUACCAUAUGGGAAUGGUAGUGAAAUUCAUACAAACCAUUUAAAAUGUAAUUCGUACUUUUAGUUGAGUCCUUUUAGGAGUUUUAUUCUGGACCAUGAGACUAUCGCCCUAAGAAUUUUUGUACUCUUAUCCAUUAACACACGUGUAAAAUGUUGUAUCCUAUUGUAAAGUACGAACGCUGUGUAAAUUGUAAGAAAUUUGGAGGCAGGAGUUAUAUCCUGUUCUAUUAUAGUUUGAAAGGAAAAACCUUUAAUUGGAAACCUGUGUUCUUAAUCACAGAUAAGUUUAUGAAUGUUGGAAAUUUUAUAAAUCUAAACGGAUCCGCCAAUAAAAUUAUCUCUUACACGUUUUAAAUUUUAAA